UAACGUACACAAGAAAUAAUUUAGAAGAAAAGGAGAAGAAAAAUUGGACAACGAUGGCGAGAAGCAGAAGGGGAAGCAAGAGCUUGGAAGAGAGCGUGUUAUCCGGAGAUAUGGAUUGGGAAUUGUGAAGGGAUCCUCUCCUCUUACUCAUCAGCUCGAACGACUCGCAGGAUCGUCUCCUUCGAUCCCUUCCCUUUUCUCGCUUUCGCCAAUUUCUUGCCUUUCGUCCUUUCGGCGUCGGAAAAAGCCGUUCAUGCAACAGUUUGUUGCCAAAAGCGAACUGUAAGUAACUUUAAAGGUAUCCCACUUUUAAGUGAUGGAAGAAGCAAAAGACAAGGAAGCAAAUUUCUCUGGAGAAUUUCCUGUGACCAUGGAUAAUCCAUUAGAAUCUCUCUCGAAUGAAGGACCUGCAAAAGUGAAUGAAGCAAAUCUCUCUAGAGAAUCUCCUCUCACAAUGGACAAUCCAUUAGAAGCUCUCCCUAAUAUUGGACCUCCAAAUAUCUCACAUCAUGAAGAAAAUGUUGUCAUAGAUCACUAUCAAGGAGCAACAACUAAUGAGCAGCAGGAAUCUGUCAUUGAGAAGCCUGAGCAAUUUUCUGAUGUCUCAUUAUUAGGGCAAGAUACAGUUGCAGAUGAGAGAGAUGGUAGAAAUCAUCAGAAGGGAUUGAAUUUGAAGGAUUCUUCAAAUCAGAUAAUACCUGAAAAUGGGUCCACAAGUAUUCAAAAACAACUUCAAGAAGGUGCAUCUGUUGAACUAGUUGAUGCUCAGAUAAUACCUGAUUUGACUGCCUCUGAUAGCAGUAGAGAGAUUGAAGCGAACUUGGUUUUGUUGCCCAACAAGCUCAAUGUCCCUAACAAUGGUGGUAGAAUUCAAAGGAAGGCAGAAACUGAAUUAGCUUCCUCUGCCAAACCUGUUAAAAAGGUCAUUGUAAACUCAAACAGAGGCAUUGUCGACACUGCUGCACCUUUUGAAUCUGUCAAGGAGGCAGUCACCAAGUUUGGAGGAAUUGUUGAUUGGAAAGCGCACAAGAAAAAUACUUUGGAGAAACGUAAGCUAGUCCAGUUGGAACUUGAGAGGAUCCAAGCAGAAGUCCCUGAAAGCAGAAAACAAUCUGAAGCAGCAGAGGAGAGUAAAGUACAGGUGCUUGAAGAGUUGGAUAGAACCAAUAGGAUUGUAGAAGAGCUAAAGCUAAACCUUGAGAAAGCCCAGACUGAAGAAGCACAGGCAAAGCAGGAUUCGGAGUUGGCUCAACUGAGGGUCAAAGAAAUGGAGCAAGGAAUUGCAAAUGAAUCUAGUAUUGCUGCUAAAGCACAACGCGAGGUUGCUAAAACAAGGCAUGAAGCAGCAGUUGCAGAAUUGAAGACAAUAAACACUGAGCUGGAAUCUUUACGAGGAGAGUAUAGCUCCUUGGUUAAUGAAAGAGAUGUGGCAAUAAAAAAUGCUAAAAAUGCUACUAAUACAAUAAAGGAGAUUGAGAAGACAGCUGAGGAACUGACACUUGAACUCAUCGCAUCAAAGGAAUCACUAGAGUUGGCCCAUGCUGCACAUCUCGAAGCAGAAGAACAUAGGAUUGGUGCAUCCCUGGCAAGAGAGCAAGAUUGUCUUGAAUGGGAGAAGGAACUAAAGGAUGCUGAGAAAGAGGUGAAGCAACUUAACCAUCAACUUUCAUUGACAAAAGAUCUGAAAUCUAAACUAGAGACUGCAUCUUCUUUAUUGUUCAAUCUCAAAGCUGAACUAUCAUCGUAUAUGGAAUCAAAGUUAAAUCAAGAAUCUGUGACCGCUGAAAAUAAACUGCUAGAUAAUUUAGAAGAGACGAAGAAAACACAGGACUCUGUUCGAUUGUUAGCUUCAACUAAAAAAGAAAUUGAGGAAGUAAAAGCUAAUAUUGUGAAAGCCAAAGACGAGGUUGCUUGUCUGAGAGUUGCAGCUUCAUCCCUAAAAUCUGAGCUAGACAAAGAAAGGGCAUCCCUUGUCAACUUGCAACAGAGAGAAGCGAUGGCUUCUAUAGCAGUUUCUUCUCUUGAAAAUGAGCUUGAUAGGACCAAACAAGAUCUGGAAGUUGUUCGAUUGAAGGAAAAGGCAGCCAGAGAAAAGAUGAUAGAGUUGCCCAAAUUGUUGCAACAGGCAGCUCAAGAAGCUGAUGAAGCCAAGACUGCUGCUCAGAUGGCACGAGAGGAACUAAGGAAAUCCAAAGAAGAAGCAGAUCAAGCAAAAGCUAGCACAAGCACAAUAGAGAUCAGAUUACAUGCAGCUUUCAAAGAAAUAGAGGCGGCAAAAGCAUCAGAGAGGUUGGCACUUGCGGCAAUUAAAGCACUGCAAGAGAGUGAGCAAGCUGCAAGCAUCUGUGCUGAUGAUUCUCCUCACAGUGUGACUCUUCCAUUGGAUGAGUACUUCAAUCUCAGCAAGAGAGCUCAUGAAGCUGAAGAGCUUGCCCAUGAAAGAAUAACAAAUGCAAUUGCACAGAUUGAGGUGGCUAAACAGUCUGAGCAAAGAAGCUUAGAGAGACUAAAUGAAGCAUUAAGAGAGAUGGAGUUACAGAAAGAAACAUUUAGUGUUGCGACAGAGCAGGCUGAGAAGGCCAAGGAAGGAAAGUUGGGCGCUGAACAAGAACUGAGGAAAUGGAGAGCUGAGCAUGAACGGCGAAGGAGAGCUAGUAAUGAUGCUAAGGGCGGAGUAAAUCCUCAAAGGAUCACGCCUAAGACUCUCGAUCAGUCCAGUGGAUUACAAAGCUUUACCAAGAACGAAAGAGGUGUUGGAUUCAAUUCUAUGGCUGAUUCCAAGCAGUACAUAUCAGAAGAUGGUUCAGACAAUGGUGUAUCCGAAGUGAAGAGGAAAAAGAAGAAAUUAUUUGUACCAACAAUAGCUUCACUCUUAGGCCAGAAAAAGUCUCAACCAAUUAAGUAGGUAAUAAUGUUGAAUAUACAAUCGCCAGUUAUCAGGUGCUGCUCUAUAUUACUACACGUAUAAUAAGCUGAUAUGGUCUCUUUUCAAAAUGGUGCAAGAUUGUAAUGUAUUUAGUUAGACGAUUUGAAAAAUAUGUCUAUAUGAGAAAGUUUGUGUGAUUUACAGUGUGAAAGUCAUGCAAUUUGGACUUGCUGCUA